AAGCGCUGCGGCGGUGCAGGGAGGGGUGCGGCCGCUCCCGUCGCCCGUGCCGGUCCUCGCCGUCCCCCGCGCCGCCAUGGGCACCCGCGACGACGAGUACGACUAUCUGUUCAAAGUUGUACUUAUUGGAGACUCUGGAGUAGGCAAGAGUAACCUUCUGUCUCGAUUCACUCGCAAUGAGUUUAACUUGGAGAGCAAAAGCACCAUUGGGGUGGAGUUUGCAACAAGGAGCAUUCAGGUUGAUGGGAAGACAAUAAAGGCUCAGAUAUGGGACACCGCGGGGCAGGAACGGUAUCGAGCUAUAACAUCAGCGUAUUAUCGUGGUGCCGUAGGGGCGCUCCUGGUUUAUGACAUUGCUAAGCACCUUACUUACGAGAACGUAGAGCGAUGGUUGAAAGAGCUGCGCGACCACGCUGACAGCAACAUAGUCAUCAUGCUCGUGGGGAACAAGAGUGACCUGCGCCACCUGAGAGCCGUCCCUACGGAUGAGGCCAGAGCCUUUGCAGAGAAGAAUGGUUUGUCAUUUAUCGAGACGUCUGCUUUAGACUCCACAAACGUGGAAGCUGCCUUCCAGACUAUUCUGACAGAGAUCUAUCGUAUCGUUUCGCAGAAGCAAAUGUCCGACAGACGGGAGAACGACAUGUCUCCAAGCAACAACGUGGUUCCCAUUCAUGUCCCUCCGACCACCGAAAACAAACCAAAGAUGCAGUGCUGUCAGAAUAUAUAAGAAAUGUUCAUCCUUUCCUAAAAGGCUGUGUAUAUUCCCCAGGUCCAAGAUUUAAAUAUAUUUGUAAUUCGUGUGAUUACUUUCUCGUGUUCAGUUACUGCUUAUUCCUCCUGAAUUUCUCCAUGUCUUAAACACUUUGAUUUCAGUGUUUAUAAAUCUAUUGCUUCCAUGUGACUGCAGUAUUUUCCCAACACCGGCUUGGCCCUGGUCCAGUAAAUGGUUUGGAACUGAACCGCGCUCUUUCCAACGUGAUGCCCGCUAGUCAGAGCGCAGACGUCCUUAGUAAGCACUUGAAGAUGUUAUUCUGGUCCUCCCAAAACAAUUACUGUCAGGUUAACUAGGAAAAUAUCUCUGGGCAGGACAAUCUUUCCUCGUCUCGAGGUGUCGCAUACUGCAUCUAAAGCUUGAUGGAAUGCCUCUUGCUCUGAAGUGCAAUUUUAAUGUAAAGUUAAAUGUUUCUGGCUAUAUCUUCAGAAUGCCAAGUUGAGGAUUUUACAGACUAUUAGGAGGGGAGGGAAAAGCCCUCCUGCAAACAGCUGCAGAGGCCAGUUGUGGUUUGGAGGCUGCCGCGAGGCCCAGCUGCCCUGUCCGGAGCAGGAGCCCCCUCACGGAUUAGGGCUUGCUCUGACACUGGAAUUUGCAGCUUUUUUGGUGUUGCCCAAGAAUAGGUCUCCGCAGUGCUGGUGGUAUCAGGAUUUGAGGAUAACUUUUUCCUUUGUAAUGCACAAACUUGAAGGCUGUUGUUCAUUUUAAUAUUUCAAAUGCUUGAGCUGAUGAGUCAGUAACUUCCACAACCCAGUCUUAAUUUUCAGUCCUGUUUCAUGCGGUAUUUUUAAAAUGACUCCAGUAGUUUGGUAUCUGAUCUUUAACAGAAAUGCCUGACGUAGUUUCCUUGCUGGAUGCUUUCCUUCUCUAGGAUUUUGGUACAAAUAAUCUGUUGAAGUAGCUUGUUCAGGGAUACAUGAAUUGUGCCUUCCUCGCUGCUUCCUCUGAAACCACAGCAUGCAAUACAAUGCGCUCUGUUCCAAAGUAAGUCACUAAUACUGAGAUUUGGGGGCACUGAAUUCCUGCACUAUUUAAAAGAACAGUUUGUUGUAUAAAUGCCUGCAAGUUAUUUAUCUAAUUACAGGAAAGUGGCGGUAGGGAGAGUUUCCCAAGCUCUGAUAUGACCCACUUGGGACUUCCACGUUUGGGUGGGCACAACCAGCUGCAUUUCUUACCCAAGCUUCCUGUCUUGCGGUGCUCAUGAUGUGUAAGGCACACGGAAGGCAUUGCUGUGGUCGGCCACUUGUGGUUUCUUUUUUUUUGUUUUUUUUUUCUCUUUUUAUUCCAUUUCUCCUCAUAUUUGUUCUGAAGAUGCUCUUUUGAUCUGUUUGUAAAUUACUUUGUAUUUUAUGCAUGUACUGUAACUUGAUUUAUUAUUUUUUUAGAUUGAUUUAAAUAUAUUCAUCCAUAAUUCUAAUAAAGAAUUACAGGGGACGACUCA